UAAUUUUAAAACAUCGCGCCGCAGUUUGCGUGCAAUCCAGGCGCUUUGGAGCGCUUCCUUACAAUUUCAGAGAUGAGCAGCCGUAAGGAGCUGGCCGGGAAGGGGCGUUCAUUGAUUCAAAGGGGAGGGAAGCGGUGGAAGCGUUGCCCCCCGCGCAGGAGCGGGUGCGGACCGGUCUGUUUUCGCCUCCUCCAGUCAGCUCCGGCGCUUCGGGUCCUUCAAAGCCCGAGUUCAAAUUGCUUGCGCCUGUCGUUUGCAGAGGGGAGGCAGGUAUGGAGGUUGUAAAAGCCAUUAGGAACUUGUAAAAUUAGCAGCCCCCGUGCGCUUGAGGGGAACGACGUUAGAGAAGUUGCUGACAUCCGAAUAGCGGUGGCACCAGAAGUUUUCCUCCUUGCGAUGCAGCCUGUCACAGCUGGAGGUUUUCUUUCACCCUGCUCCGCAAAGUUAUCCUCUCUGGGAAGGGACGGUUUCGCUCUGUAGUCGUUAUUAAAGAAGACGCGUGUAGUUAGAAACGGUGUGUGUGAAGAAACAACUUCCCACUCCAGCAGUCGAUUCUAAGGAAACUUUUAAUUUUGUGCUUCAAGAAACCCGAUUGCUUCUUGGAUUACUUUUCUACCUUGGUCUAGAAGAUAACUUGAGGAAAAUGGAAACAGAUGAGGCUCAAGAUAUGUCCCAGGUUUCAGGAAAGGAAAGUUCUCCAAUUAGUGAUGUCCCAGAUGAUGCAGAUGAACCUAUGCCUGUACCAGAGGACCUUUCAACUAGUACUGGAGGACAACAGAGUGCUAAGAAUGAGAGAGUCUUGGCUGCAUACGGGGCAGAAGGCUUUAGGGACUUUCAUGCAAUAAUUCCCAAAUCUUUUUCCCCCGGUAAUAUUAAAAUAGAGACUCAGAGUGAUGAAGAGAAUGGGCGUGCCUGUGAAAUGAAUGGGGAAGAAUGUGCGGAGGAUUUACGAAUGCUUGAUACCUCGGGAGAGAAAAUGAAUGGCUCACACAAUGGCCCAGGCAGCAAGGCUAUGUCAGGAGUUGGAGGCAUUCGACUUCCUAACGGAAAGCUAAAAUGUGAUAUCUGUGGGAUAAUUUGCAUCGGUCCCAAUGUGCUCAUGGUUCACAAACGAAGCCACACUGGAGAACGCCCUUUCCAGUGCAAUCAGUGCGGAGCCUCCUUUACGCAGAAGGGCAACCUUCUGCGCCAUAUAAAGUUGCACUCGGGUGAAAAGCCCUUCAAGUGUCACCUGUGUAACUACGCCUGCCGCCGCAGGGAUGCCCUCACAGGACACCUGAGGACUCACUCGGUUGGCAAACCCCAUAAGUGUGGAUACUGCGGUCGCAGCUAUAAGCAGCGCAGCUCUUUGGAAGAACAUAAAGAACGCUGUCAUAACUACCUGCAAACCAUGAAUAUCUCAAGCAGCCUUUAUUCAGUCAUAAAAGAGGAAACUAACCAGAGUGAAAUGGCUGAAGACCUGUGCAAGAUAGGGUCAGAAAGAUCCCUCGUGCUGGAUAGACUAGCAAGUAACGUCGCCAAACGUAAGAGCUCUAUGCCUCAGAAAUUUGUUGGUGAGAAAUGUUUGCCUGAUCUUCCAUACGAUGCCACCACCAACUAUGAGAAGGAGAAUGAGAUAAUGCAGACGCACGUGAUAGACCAGGCCAUUAAUAAUGCCAUCAGUUACCUGGGGGCAGAGUCCUUGCGUCCCCUUGUCCAAACACCACCAGGCGGUUCUGAGGUGGUACCCGUCAUCAGCCCCAUGUAUCAGCUCCACAAACCUCUUGGGGACAAUCAGGCUCGCUCCAACCAUACAGCUCAGGACAGCGCAGUGGAAAACUUGUUGCUGCUUUCCAAAGCCAAAUCUGUCUCCUCUGAACGAGAUGCCUCUCCCAGCAACAGCUGCCAAGACUCAACAGAUACAGAAAGCAAUAACGAGGAACGCAGUGGUUUAAUUUACCUGACAAACCACAUAGGUCCCCAUGCAAGAAAUGGCAUCUCUAUAAAAGAAGAAAACAGGCAAUAUGACGUCUUGAGGGCAGGUACUGACAAUUCCCAGGAUGCUUUCAAAGUCAUCAGCAGCAAUGGGGAGCAAGUAAAAGUUUACAAGUGUGAACACUGUCGAGUCCUUUUCUUGGAUCACGUGAUGUAUACGAUCCAUAUGGGCUGCCACGGCUUCCGUGAUCCUUUUGAAUGCAACAUGUGUGGCUACCAUAGCCAGGACAGGUACGAAUUCUCUUCCCACAUAACACGAGGGGAGCACCGUUUCCACAUGAGUUAAAACUCCUCCAGCACAGAUCUAGCCUCAACAGCUGCAUUCCUGGAGCUGCAUGAGCCACGACAGCAACAAAGCACAAGUCAGCUGGACAGUAGAAGUAACAAGAGAAUCAAAAGUUCAGCUACCUUCUCCCACAAGAAAAGAUUUUUCCUUUUGGUAGCAUGCAUUGCAACUCAGUUUUCUAAAAUGAGUACUAAAGUUUUUACUGAAAAUGUUUGAUCACCAAAAACCUUUAGUAAUGUAAGUAGGAGCUUUUGUAGUGACAUAGCUGAAAGCCCUUCCCUUAACUGAUGCUUCUUGCAAACCUCCCUUGCCAAAACUGUUAACCAUGUGCUGGAUGCUCCACAUGGAUGAGGACGCAACAGGCAGGAGUGGCCAAGCUUUCUCUCUUAACACCCUGAGCGUAGGGCUCUUACACCAGAUGUAUGUUUUUGACUUCCUGGUAUUAUUUGACUCUUUUGGGAACAUUAAACUCAACUAAAGAUGGAGGGGCCCAUCUCAGAUGACUUCACAGACAGCUGGGGUGGGACGGGACCCCCCAGCCAGAGGGUUCUGAGUUGCUUUGGUGGUAAAAAGUAGAACAUUUCCACCUGCAAGGGUGCUGCUGGUAUUGACAUCAUGGCAUGCCUUGUUUGUGUCACUAGGCAGGUGAGCAGGUAUGUGAAAGAUGGAAGAAACACCCUUGUAAUAUACUCUGUGAAGUAUGAAUUGCAUUUAAUGUAUAGAAAAAGGGUAUUGUUGGCUCUUCUUUGAAUAAAUGUUUUCUCUCCCUAUCCAAUAAAACCCCACUUUUUGUUAAGCAACCCCUCCUCUCUCUGCAUAAGCAAGUCACAAAGUAUUUAAUUUUUCUUGCUUUCUUUUUUGUUUUAGUUAUUUAGAAAAGUAUGAUGUACAGUUGAGAAAAGCACUAGCUAGAAAUAUGUGUGGGGAAAGUCUCCUUAUGCACAUUUUUCAUCUUUUUAAACUGCCUGGAAAAUAUCCAAAUGUCCCUCUCUUACGUAUGAAAAAAAAAAAAUGCCAUUUUUGCUUGCACAGAAGAUGUCCUCUUGCAGGUUUUGUGGGUCUACUUGUAAGUGUUGCACUUAAUUAAAGCACUGAGCUGAAUUAAACCAGCCAGUCAAAAUUGGUAGCCUUCUUUUUUCCUGGUACUUGCUGUUUAAUGAGGGACCAAGCCCCACAAAGGUGCUGAGAACCCUGGCUUCCUCUUCAACAAGUCAUUUCACCAUGUGCUUUAAGUUACUUUUACUUCAGUGUAACUAAUCUUAAGGUUAAAAAAAAUGGUGUUUUGCUGAAUGGAGACCAGAAACUGCAGCACUUUGCAGAGUGCAGUGAAGGUCCACCAAGAGCUUACGCCACGGUGGGUUCUGCUGCAGAUACUCUAACUUCAGAUAGAAUAAAAACUUCUGUGAUGAAUAGAUUUUAACCCCAAACACAGCUGACAUAAAAAAAACCAAACCUUUUUUUAAAGCUUCUACUUAACUUCCUCUUCCAAAUAGUUCAUUCCUCUCCCUGAACACCCUCAUACUUUAAGAUGGGGAAAAAAAAGACAUUUUUGCAGCUGCAUAAAAAUCUGUCAUUGGUGCUGCAAUACUUCCUGGGCAACAUCUGUAAAAAUAACCCAUGUUAUUAACUUAAUGUAUCAAUACUUCCACUCUGCAUAAUAAAUGGAUAUUCUGCAAUAAACACAAUCAUAUAACCAACAAGACUAGCAGUCUUGUCAUACAGUUACACAUUCUCCAUUCACAGGUGCAUGCAAGCACAUAUAUUUCUUUAUCAAGAUUCAGUGGAACCAUGAAUGCUUGUACCUAGGCCAGUUUGGCCUGAUAUGUGUAGCUAUAUUUGAUAUACAUUUCCUAUAUAUACAUACUAUUACAGGCACGCAGAGUUCCUUCUUCUGCUUUCAUUUUUGCAGGUGUAAGUCAGGAGCAACAACACUGAAGUUAGACGAAAGAUACUGACGAAAUAAUGAAUUACAAAUACAUACUUUUACAAUUUCAUGUCUUAGCUUUUCACGACAACUGUAAGACACUUCUUAUGACGUGUGGGCACAGAGGUGGUUCUCCAUUGAAAGUGCACGUGUGCAUGCUGAUUUAGUAGCUUUGUCACCAGAUGUGAAUGCUGUGUAUGAACGUCCGCAGACUGACGCAUAUACACACAACAGUGAAAACAAAUUACUAGUACAUGUUUGGUAGGCUAGUACAUUGGAUAGCCAAUGAUCUCCUCCAAAAAUGAGUAGUGUAAACUACAGGCCCAAAGGUGAUCCCCUCUGCUCCCGCAUUAUAACUCAGUUGCCUUAAGAGACCUUAUUGCUUGUUACCUUCCAGCCCGAGACACUGUGCAGGGGGUGGGCACAAGGAAUCCUCUGCCAUUUUCAUGCCCCAACUACUGUUUUGUCAUCAAUGCCUGCUACAUAUUCAGCUUCGAGACAGACCGUGCCUGGCAACGAGGUGUUACCAAAUAUUUUGUAUAGGAAUGACCUGAAGGGGACCUUCAAGGCGGGGAGCUUACAGUGAUGAGUUUCCUUUUUUUACUUUUUUUUAAAAUAAAGUUGAAAUGGGUUCAUUUUUUCAUAGCUGGUAGGGAUACAUUCAGCUGUUCUUAGCCCUCUCCACUUUUGAUUGGUACCAACCAAGGGACAAAGUAAUUUCCCAGCCCUGCUGCAAUGUCCUGUGUGAAGUCAGAUGUUGGCUCUACAGAAACGUUCUGCUUUUAUUGCUUUUACACCGCCUUCCUACUGUUUUUACAUUUAGGCCACUAUAUACCCCAUGCCGUAACUUUUUUUAACCCUUCAUUUUAAGACACCCCAAGCUAUAAAGGGAGGGGGACAGAAGCUUACUCAGGUGGUUUUGUUUCUUUGCUUUUACUAAAAUCCAACACAAAUAAAGCCACGUUCAUUAACCAUGUAAACAAGCAUAGCUCCAGUGGGGUUUAAGACUGCCUUGAACUUAGCUUUUAAAUGUGAUUUCUGAUUACUGGGUAGGUUCACCGCCUUUGCAACAUCUCUGUGCACACAUGCACGUGUAUGAGUUUCUGUGUCUCUUUUCUUGUCGACAUGCACAUGCCCUGUCUGUGGUUUUGUGUAUCAUUAAUAUUUUAUAUACAUGUGUGUGUGUGUAUAUAUAUCUAAAAUGGUUCAUAUGACAUGAUGAUGCACUGUCAGUCACAGUGGGUUUAUUUCCUGGGUCUGGAGUUUUCUUAUUUAUACUAUAACAGAAUAUAUUGAUGUUGUAUAUUAAACAGUACAGUAGUAUAAGUAAGUAUAUUAAGACACAGCGUAUCAGAGGGCGUAGUCUAAAGGCAGAAGCAAACAGAAUUCUCUGUUCACGAAGGGGGUCUUUUAGGUUUGCUUUUUCAGUGUUUUUUUUUCUUUUUUGCACAAAAUCGUCUUCAACUUGUUUAGAAACGAGUGUUUCAAUGAUUUUAUUUAUGAACAUAUGCAAGGAUGGCAUGAAAAUAGGAUGUUGUGUGUGUGUGUACAUCAAAACAAACUGUGCCCUCAGAAAACUAGUUUCAUGUAAUCUCCCCUUUUCUCUUUUUUGCUAUGGUGCAAUACCCUGAUAUGGUUUAGCGGAGUAAAUAUGGUGAAUGGCUUUAAGUUUAUAUCUGUUUUAAAAAAAUGUAAAAAAUAACUGCUUCCCAGCCCUUCCCCAGACACUGCCUUUUCUAAUAGAAAAGUUGUAUUUACACA